CAUACACUCAUACAGCUACCACCUUCACGAAAGCAGAAAUCAAAGCGAAUUGCAUAAAUAUACAAUUGAAGUAUUUAGUAUAUAUACUUGAAGAAGUGCACCUUUAAAACUAUUUUAUACAGUUUACAAGAAAUCAAUAUUAUAAACAUAACGCAAUCAUGUACGUUCAUCUAACCCAGGGCAACGAGGUUUACGACUCCACCACCAAGGCAGUCAUUUCACUAUACGAAGGCAAAACCACCCGCGAUGACUUCGAGGCCGUGUUCCAAAACUUCUACCACGAGGAUGCCAGCUUCAAUGACCCCAUCGUAUCUGUCAAAGGUGUAGCCAAUGUUCGCACUCAGUUCUACUCUCUGCGACAGUUGUUCACCAGUCACGAGAUUACCAGCAAGCCAGUGGUGACUGCAGGGGCUAUGGACAAGAACACUCUCAGUAUCGAAAUGACUGCCCAGUUCACUGUCCUUGGUCUGCUACCCAUUCGCCUGAAGCAGAUUACACGUAUCAACCUUUGCCCCAACACCGCCCGCAUUAUUGCACACCGAGACAUGUGGUGUCUACCCGACAGUCUACUCGAGUACCCCAUCAUAGGCACAGCGUACCAGUUGGCAAAGUUGGGCUUCGGCGCAUACACAACCGCAUUGUGCAGGUUAAUCCAACCCACCAUGCCUGCCAGAAAGAAGCUGGAAUGAGUACCACCGAUAUAAAUAUAUAUAUAUGUAUAUAUCUAAAACUUAGUAACAAACUGAAUUAAAAGUGUGCAGCCAAUUGAACACAACCUUUUGAAAUGGCAUUUGGUCUACGAUAUACCAUCAUACACUGUCACACACUAAUUGGUAGUUACAAUUGGCGUGUGCUGUAUAGAACAGCGCGUACGUCAGGAAUAUCAGUCGAAGAUUUAUAUCGCCAGCAGCACGACGAAGGGACGCGACGAUCAAUACUACAAGACACAGGCUUCUAUCGUAGAUGUAAGCUGUUCAUGUCACGUUGAUUUCAGCUUUCGUGUCACGUAGAUUUAAACUUUCAUGUCACGUAGAUUAAGCUGUUCAUGUCACGUAGAUUUAAGCUGGUCAUGCCACAUGCAUUAUAUGCUUUCGUGACAAACGUUACAUACAAUCCCCCCAUCGUUAACAGCGGCAUGGUGGCCUGUCCAUUUCUUUGUUGUCUGUGUGUGCACUGUCAUAAGGUGAUGUCAUGCUGUGUGAUGCAAGUGUAGGGCUAUUACCAAUUGCAAUAGAUGCAGCGUAUAGGGUAUAUAGUGCCGUUCACAUCAUAGUUCUGGUUCGACUUCUCACUGCUCACUCUAGUUUUGUGCUGUGUCUCUAUUCGGCGUCUUGUGCUAGAUCUGAGAUGAACAGACACAGAUCAGAGUUAGUCAUCACUUAUGCGUUAUCACUACAGGUGUCUUGAAUUUUAUGUAGCAGUGUAGGGUAUAUCCUGGUAUGUGCGUCCAACACUUGUACACACUACACACACAUCUACAACCAUGUAUAUAUAAGCGUGUAGUACACGUUAACGUCCACUUAUGGUGCCCGCGUACUAGGCCCAUAGACGUUUGUAAGGCCAGCCAUGAACCAUAUGCGACCCAGAGCUCAGUGGUGAACACACGGUCAAGCGCUUCGAACCGUUCAUGUUUAUUCUUGUUGAGAUGGAUAUCUCUUUCACAAGCCGUGAAUGCCCCGGCAAUCAUGUCUACGCGGGUUGUCGGCGUUUUAAACGUAUUGCGUUGUGUAAAAAAUGAUAUAUUGUUGACAGAUUACCAUUCGUGCACAUUCCUACCAAUGCGACGAGCAGUCGAUUGACGUUUGUUUAAAGUGCGCCGCAGUGUGUGGUGUUGCGGACUCUUGUCGAUGUACCUGGGCAAGCCUUCUAGUAUGGACAAUAAACCAUGGUUGUUGAAGUAAGGCUAGGCCUUUCAGUAUGAACAAUAAACCAUAGUUGUUGUAUUAGGACAAGCCUUUUAGUAUGGACAAUAAUAAACCAUGGUUGUUUUACAAGGACCAGCCUUUUAGCAUGGACAAUAAACCAUGGUGUUGUAUUAGGACAAGCCUUUUAGUAUGAACAAUAAACCAUGGUUGUUGUAAUAAGGCUAGUCCUAUAAACCAUGGUUGCUGUAUUGAGGCUAGUCCUAGGAGCGAAGUGGGACCCUUCACUAAUUCCCAAAAGCUACAGCCGCUUACCGAAAGGGGUAGUUGGUAGUACUUUGUACGAUUAAGCCCCGAUACGUAUGCGCAGCCCAUAUGCUAGUAGGUCGAUUUAUGACGCAGAUGGUGUAUUUAGUCCACCAUACAUUAGCAACAUGUGUUGUUCGCAGGGCCAGUAUAUGGUUCGUAAAGUUAGUAUAUGGUUCGUAGGGUUAGUAUAUAGUUUGUACUACGGAGAUCGACUGCAUCACGCAAUGUAGUCUGCUAGCCUCUCAGAGGCUUUUUCCUCCUUGACCUACACAGCUGGACGGUAAUAAGUGCAGCUUGAUAAU